UUAUUUUGUAGAAAUUAAGUUUUGUAACAAAGUGUACUAGUCGUGGCUAUACUAAAUCUUCUCUACACUUUGGGUCAAUGAUGCUUGAUAAGCAAUUAUAUUUGUUUAUUUUUUCUUUCGAACCAUGUUCCUUUUUGUAGUAGUGAUAAUCAAACUGAACCUACUGUCCAAGAUUGUUCUGUCCGAGAUAAUGAGAGAAAUUUAUCCAAGCACAUGGCCGCUUACAAUCACCACGCUGUUUUUCAUUAUUUUUCUUGCCAAAUUCUUUCUGAGUAAGAAGAAGAAUGUCGCACAAAGAACAUACAAACUGCCUCCAGGAAGAAGAGGCUGGCCACUUAUUGGAGAUAGCUUUAAUUGGUACAAAGCCGUUGCUAGUUCCCAUCCCCCUCAAUUCGUUGAAGAGCAGGUGAAGAGCAGGUUUGGGAAAAUAUUCUCAUGCAGUCUGUUUGGGAAAUGGGCCGUAGUAUCAGCAGACCCAAACUUCAACAAGUUUGUGAUGCAAAAUGAAGGGAAAUUUUUCCAAUCUAGCUAUCCCAAAUCUUUCAGGGAUUUGGUAGGGAAAAAUGGUGUCAUCACAGUGCAAGGAGAACAACAAAGGAAACUCCAUGCCAUUGCAUCCAAUAUGAUGCGCUUGGACAAGCUCAGGUUUCAUUUUUUGGAGGAUAUUCAAAGAGUUAUGCUUCAAACUUUGAGCAGUUUCCAAAGCAAUCAAGUAAUACAUCUUCAGGAUGUUUGUAGAAAGGUGGCAAUUAAUCUAAUGGUUAAUCAACUUUUGGGAGUUUCAAGUGAGUCUGAGAUUAAUGAGAUGGCUCGAUUGUUCUCCGAUUUCGUCGAUGGUUGUCUCUCUGUUCCAAUCAACUUGCCUGGCAUGGCUUAUCACACUGGCAUGAAGGCUAGAGAAAAAAUCAUUAUCAAGAUAAACAACACAAUAGAGAUGUAUAGACAACGAGGUUCAUUGGAGGUUAAUGAUGGUGUCCUUGCAAGACUAUUAGAGGAAGAAAACCUACCCAAUGAUGCGGUGGCAGAUUUCAUUAUCAAUCUUCUAUUUGCUGGAAAUGAAACAACUGCUAAAACAAUGCUUUUUGCUGUCUAUUUCCUUUCCAAGUGUCCCAGAGCCAUGAAGCAACUACUGGAUGAACAUGAGAAUUUAAGGAGCAAGAGUAACAUUGUUGGAGAAGAAAUGCUUACGUGGCAGCACUACAAAUCAAUGUCUUUUACUCAAUGUGUUAUUGAUGAAACACUUAGACUUGGGGGCAUAGCAAUUUGGCUAUUGAGGGAGGCUAAAGAAGAUGUUGUAUACCAAGAUUAUGUGAUACCCAAAGGAUGCUUUGUGGUUCCAUUUCUUUCAGCCGUUCAUUUGGAUGAGAAGGUGUAUAAUGGAGCUCUCAACUUCAAUCCAUGGAGAUGGAUGGACCCUGAUAAUCAGGAAAAGAGGAAUUGGAGAACUAGCCAAUUCUAUGCUCCCUUUGGAGGAGGGGCUAGAUUCUGUCCAGGAGCUGAGUUGGCUCGCCUUCAAAUUGCUCUCUUUCUGCAUUACUUCGUUACAACAUAUAGCUGGAACCAGGUCAAGGAAGAUCAAAUGUCCUUCUUCCCCUCUGCUCGAUUAGUGAAUGGUUUCCAAAUCUGCUUAACCCGACGACAUGAUGAUCAAAUGAAUAUCAAAUCAAGGGAUUAAAUAGUUCUUGAAAAAUUCCCAAGUUUUGUUUGUUCGCCUGUUUCAAAUAUAUAUGUACAUUCUUAUUUUCAUUUUCCCAUGUAAUGUAAUUAUUAUUUAUUUUGAUACA